AUGUCUUCCAAACGCCCGUUAUCCACCGAAGAUAAAACAUUCAUACGGGAAUGGUUAGAGACUGUGACAGGUUUGAAAUUUGUAGAUCCCAAUAACUUUCACACUUCUCUGAAAGAUGGUGUCAUUUUAUGCGAAUUAAUUGUAAAAUUACGUGGACUCAAAUAUGCAAAUUAUCAAAAAGAAGUGAAUGGUGUUUCAUUCAAAGAAAUGGAAAAUAUUGCCUUCUUUAUUCAAAAUGUUCAGAAAAUUGGAGUGAAAUGUGAAUGGACCAUUCGUGCUCUUCAUAAGAAUUCUGAUCUCGAUGCAGUGUUGAGAACUGUGAUUGAUCUAUCAAAACAUUUUGAAAACAAGUAUAGAAAUUCAUCAACCAUUUCGAAUACUAAAAAGAAUAUUGAUUCAACAAUGACAUCAACUUUUGAAGAGAAUAUUGUCUUUACAGGACCAUUUCUUAAAUUACCAAUUAUAUUCAAACAACCUACCAAUCAAACUGCAGAAGUGAAUACUUCAGUACCAUUUGGAAGAUCCAUGUUGAGAAAGGUGAUGAACAACAAUAUUUCAAAACCUUCACAACCACAACAACCAUCAUCAUCAUCAUCUUCUCAUCAGGAUUCACAAGUCAGUUCACAUGAUCCAUCAUCAACCACCAAUCCUACUAGUAACACCAGUAACAGUGUUACUACAAGUGUACCAUCCACAAUAACAACAAUAACAACAACAAGUACAACAACCUCAACAACCUCAACAACCUCAACAACCUCAACAACCUCAACAACAUGUGGUACCACAAAUUCUUCAAAUGUAAACACUCCUACAUCCUCCUCUUCUUCACCACCAAACUCAGUGACUACUCCAAAAACACCUCGGAGUGCAAGUGUGACAACAAGCAAGUCUUCAAUCGGAGUCGGAGGAGGAACCACUCCUACUGCCACCACAACACCCACCUCAGAGCAGUCCUCAUGGACCUUACCAAAAUUGAGACCAACCCACUCAGGAACCAAUCUCAAAGAACAAGCCAAUGCAACAACAACCAGCAACAGCAACAACAGCAGCACUCAGAGUUCAUCUCUCCAUCAACCUCAAACAACGUCGACUCCACAAGAAUUUAGUACGAGUCGAUUGAGACCUGUCUCUACACGAGUCUCUGUGAGUCAUGUCAGUGAAUUACAUUCUGCAUUGGAUUUACAACAACAAGGCUUUCCAACUGUUGUUCAAUUGAAGAGUACAAAACCAUCAUCACUCACAACAACCACAACGUCGAGUAGUCCGACUUCAAAUGAUGUGAUGAGUGGAGGUGGUGGUGCAACAACGUUUAAUACGACGAAUACGACAACGACUACAGCAAGUGCCACCACUACCACUACUACUACUACUCCGGUGGGUCAAGGUCAACAAGAAAUGAAAUCAUCCACCACCACAACCACCUCAACAACAACACCAACAACACCGAAUAGCACUACUACGACAAGUAACACCACUGCUGCAGGUGGUAUUCAUGUGACUCUGAAACCCGCCAAAGAUGUCUCAACAACAAAUGCUUCCUCUACUGCAACGACUACUACUACUACUACUACUGGAUUCAAAUUACCAACUUUGAAACCAGUUGUGAAAGACAACAACACUUCAACGACGAGUCAUCAAUCUUCACCCUCAUCCAAUACAUUACCAUUCACAGCUGCAUUAAGAAAAACAGAUUCACCAAUUCUUCUUUAUGCUUCUGGUGGUAGUAGCAGCACAGCAGCAUCUCAACACGAAACUACCACCAUGGUGAUGUCACCUUCAUCACCCAUGCCCAUCAAAACCAAUUUCACCCGAGUUCAAAGUUCAUCUUCCUUGUCGUCUUCACCACUCUCUUCUUCAUUCUCUCUUCAUGAUGAAACUUCAUCCAUUUCUGAAGAAGACUACUCUGAUGAUGAAGAUGAUAUGAGUAAUGAACAAGGCAUAGCUUACAACAUUAAGCGAUUGAAAGAUCAAGUCAAAAAUCAACAUCCCUCUAUGGAAUGGUUAUGUUCGCUCUACGAAUUGUUAGAAAAAAAAUCGGAACGAUGGUGCCACCGAUUUGCCAAUCAAGAAAAGGGUGUUCAAUAUUUGGGUGAAAUUAUUUCAAGAAUGAAUCAGAAUCGAUUCCGUAGUGUGAAUGAAAAGUCAGUUCAAGAACGAGCUCUCAAGUGUUGCCAUGUACUCAUUGAUAAGGGUGUGUUGGAGCCUUUCAUUAAAAUGCCAUCGACCGUUGCUGCCAUCACCAUGAUGAUCGACUCCAAAGAUGGCGCCAAAAUUCGAAUGAUGGCACUCGAAAUAUUGAGUCUCAUCUGUACGCAUGGAGAACAAGGCUUUUGGGUCGUCUUGGAAGCCUUGAAUCGAUACAAGAUUGAAAAGAAAGAACCCAAGAGAUUCCAUGAUUUGAUUGACUGUUUGAAAAAUGAAAAAGAUGAAAGACUCAAGACCUUCUCUCUCAUGUUAUUGAAUUCUCUUAUCAAUACUCCACAAGAUUCCUAUAUUCGAAUUCUCAUUAGAAAUGAAAUGAAACAAGUGGGAUUGGAGAAUGUCGUCGAUCAAUUAAGUAAUGAUUUACAACAUGAUCGAAUCAAGGAUGAAAAUUUAAAAGAACAAAUCAAAGUCUUUGAAGAAGAGAUGAUGAUUGGAAUGAUUGAGAGAGAACAGGCUCAAAUGUCGGAAGAGGAUGAUACCCACAAUGGUAAAAUUGAUUUCAAGAAUGAAAGUGAUCCUCUCAAAUUAUUGAAAUUAUUGAUUUUGCGUUUGGGUGCAAGUACAGGUACUUCUUAUUUGGUGAGCAUUUUGCAACAAUUUUUAAUCUUCUCGAUGCGAGAGUCCACUCCAAAUGAUCCCAAAUUUGAGAAUGCACUCGCAACCAGUUGGAAGAAUUUAGAAAGUACAAUCAAGACGAUGGUUCAAGCUUGUACUAUGAAAGGAGAUGCUGGUAUCAUUGAAGAUAUUGCCAAGAAAGAGAAGAAUGCCAAUUUUGAGAAACAAAAACAAACCGCCAAAAUUACCAAUUUGUCCAACAGUUUGGAAAAGGCAAAUAAGGAAAUUGAGGAAUUGAAGAAACAAGUGGAAACAUGGAAGGCCAUGAAAAUUGUCAAGUCACAAGUGUCUCAAACAACACUUGAUUCGAAUGUUCCAUCUAAUGAGGUGAGCUCCUCUUCUACUGUGUCGAGUAGUAGUGGUGGAAAUAGUAAUAGCAGUGGUGGUAAUAGUCAUUCUUCGACCCAGAUUGGAAGUAGUAACUCCUCUGCCACCACCGUUCCUCCAAAUAAUAAUAACAACCAUGAAUCAUCCAUCGAUCUCGAUAUUACUAGUAAUCAAAUUCAUCACGCCACUGAACUAUUCACCAAAGAGAUGGAAGAGUUAAAGCAAAACAUGAAAAUUCAAUCCGAUCAAAUUAGUGCUCUCGAUUCUGAGAAUUCUCGUUUGAAACAACAACUCAAAGAAUUGGAAGAACAAUUGGAAGAGGCAAGAAGAGUGAAUUUCAAAGCAUCCUUACAGAACAGUAGUAGUGGAAGUGUUGUGGGUCGUUCUCCAUCCAUUAUUGCACAACUAACCACACAAGAGGAUGAGUUGCAUCAUCUUUCAACCACCACUGCGGUUACAACGAAUAGUGUGAGUGCAGCUACUCACAAAGAACAAGACUCCUUACAGCCACCACCACCUCCACCAUCAUCAUCAUCAGCAAUGACCACCUCCAAUCUCUCUCCUGGUGGUUUUGUGCCACCCCCUCCACCAGCCAUUGCCACCUCUUCUUCUUCUUCUGGUUAUUAUUUAUCACCUUCCAAUCUCUCUUCAGGUCACAACAGUCUUGUACCUCCACCACCACCAUCACCGAUGGGUGGCGCUAUUCCAUCUCCACCCUCAUCCUUCUCUCACCUCUCUCACUCGAAACGAAAUCCACUUCCAGAACUUCCAACUCGCGCGCCAAAAUCAGCCGUUAAAAACUUUUACGGUACGGCCAUUAGUAAACAAAAAGUCUCUACCACCUGUUGGGUAAAGAGUGGAAUUGCAGCCAACUCGAAAGACAUUCCACUCGAUACAGAUGAGUUGGAAGAAGUGUUCUCCAAUGCUCCACGUAAGAACAUUUCCGAAGAAGAAAAGAAAAAAAAGAAGGAAUAUGUUUCCUUUGUAGAACCUCAAAAAGGAUCUGCUCUUAGUAUUUUGUUGGGAUAUAUUCGAUUGGAUUACUCUGAAAUUCGGAGAGCCAUCUUGGAAAUGGAUGAAGAGGUAUUGAAUGCUCAAGUGGUGGACACUCUCAAAGACAAGAUGGCUACCAGUGAGGAAUUAUCCUUGAUUGAGGCUUAUCAAGGAGAUGCAGAUUUAUUGUCUCCCGUUGAUAAGUUUUAUUUAGCCCUCCGAGAUGUUCCUCGACUUGAAGGAAGACUCUUCUGCUGGGCGUUCCGAUAUAAAUUCCAAUCGGAAGUGUCGGAGGUAUUGUCAGAUUUGGAAACUGUGUUGUUGGCAUGCGCUCAAAUUUUACAAUCUCAAAAAUUCAAAAAGUUACUCUCGGUGGUGUUGGCCAUUGCAAACUUUUUGAAUGCCAAUUCAGCAUCUAAGAGAAAUGCCUAUGGUUUUACAUUGGCAAGUUUGUUAAAGCUACAAGAUACCAAAACUUCUGACAACAAGUCCACACUUUUACAAUAUAUUGCUGGAUAUUGUGCAAAACAUUUCCCAGAAUUAUUAGAAUUGAAAGAUGAUUUAAUAUCUCUUGAAGAAGCAACAAGAGUAUCUUUGAUUGAAUCUGAUAAUGAAUAUAGAAAAUUGAAGAAUGGAUUUGAACAAAUGGAAAGAGAAUUACAAAAUGAAGAAUGGGACAAGGUGUCACAUUUCAAAACAUCAAUGAAUGAAUUUAUGGAAAGUGCUUCUCGGUUCUUGGACGAUAUUGAUUCCAUUCUAUCAAAGAUUGAUGAAAAAUUGAGACAAAUUGCUGAAGAUUUUGCAGAAGAUGAAAAGACUAUUUGCAAGAAUCCAAAUGAACUCUUCUCCCAACUCAAUACAUUUGUGAAUUCAUUUAAAAGUAGCUACGAAGAACUUGUCAAGCAAAAAGAAGCAGAAGAAAAGAGAAAAUUGAAAGAAAAAUUGAAAGAAGAAAAGAAGAGACAAUCUGCAGCCUUCUUUGCCAAUCACACCAAUAUGAUGAAAUUGAAAAAGAGCAAAGCCAAUGGAGCUGUUGCAGGAGGAGUUGCCAUUUUCGAUCAAAAGGUGGAUUCACCAACGUCAACCUCAUCGAUGGUCACACCCACUCCUUCACUCCUUAAUGGUGGUGGUGAUAUGAACAACAAUGGCACAAGUGAUGGUUCCAAUCGUCACCAUGAUGAGUCAGCUGCAGAUGUGGCCACUGUCUCAACUCGUGCAUCUUUGGAAAAUUCUCGAACCAAAUUGGAUGACACAACAGGAAUCCAAGUGAUUCAACCUGUUGCAAGUGUCGAUGAUUUCAACUCCACAACACAAAACCAAUCGACAGAUCAGGACUCCUCAUUCAUGUCUGAGAGUGAACAAGCUCUUUUACAAAGCAGAAUCAGAGAUCGUAAAAAGAGUAUCAUGUCUGGUGCUGCAUUUAGAGAAAGAAGAAUGACCAGAAUGUCAGUGAUUGAGAAUAACGACAACAACAACAAUUAA